CUUCCUUCAAUGUGUUCUGCACUUGGCAUGCGGUUUUGGCAGUGAAUUUUUUUUGUGAAUUAGGAUUUUUCCUUCCCCUCUGUGUGCUUGUUGUUCCGUGUUUGGGUUCGCAGCUCGAAUUUAGUGGAACUGGAAUGCUCGAUUUGGGGUAUUUUUGUUUUGAAAAUGAAAAUUAAUGAAUGAUGCAAUAUGUGCUUUGUGCUCUGUUUUUUUGUUUCUGGUUGUUUGGGUGGGAAAGUUGGUUUUAGUUUGAUUCUGUGGAAAAAAAUAUGAAGGAAACAUGGGAACUGCAUCUUGUUUUAUGAUUCUAUGUGGUGUGACUGCUAAUGAAGUAAGGAUUUAGGGCCAGGUUUUCUUAGGAAGAAAGAAAUGCAGUUAUAAAUUAUAAUCUUAGUUGAGUGAUUUAUUAUUGUUUUAUAUGGAACGUUUCCAAUUUUCAUGUGGGCUUGUAGCUUGAUUGUUGGUUAGCAUGGAGUAUUUUCACUUGUGUUUUUUUGUUAAGUGUAUUUAGUUGUGUUCAUUAACUGCAGUAGAUCCUCUUCUUUUUUUUUUUUUACCUUCUGAGUGGACUGUGGAUCCCUUGAACUGAAAAUGAAAAACUCCAUCUAUGUUAACCUUCAUGGUUUCAACUUGUGUAUUUGUGUUAUUAUUGCUUUUUGCGUCAAUACUUAUGGCUUAUGUAUUUCCUCCCUGGUGCUUGUGGGGUGAACUGCUUAAUGAGACUUUCAUACGCAAAUAUCCAAUUUUGGUUAUUGAUGAGAAUUCUAAUGCUAGUUUUGUUCAGCCAAAUGCCAAAUUUGAAGCGUACCAUUAUGGUUAAGCCUUUAGUAUAUGCUGUUGUUAAGAGUAGCUUUUCCCAAUUUGCCUUAGCUAGAUUGGAAUGAUAUCUAGAAUUAUAUUGGAAGUUUGGGUUUUGCAUUUCAUUAAUGUACUUUUAAUAUUAGCAUCAGCUGAAAAGAAUAAAAUUUAUUGUGGAUUACGAGUAAAAUGGUAACUAGGGUUUCAGUUCAUUCAUUUUGAUUGAGUUCUGCCUGUAAGUUUUCUUAAAGAUUAGACACUGCAAAUUUUUGCAUUACUAAGAUAUCUUUCCUUGCAUUGCUGGAUUAUGAGUUUCUUAUGAGUUCAUCCUCAUUUCCAUUUAUAUACUUUGGUCUAUGCUUUAUCAAAAAACACUAGUUGGACAAGUUAAUAUUUCAAAGAUUUUUGGAUAAAUAAAAACUUUGGAGAUCAACAUCCACUGACUCAGCUCCUAAAGUCGCAUCAUUAAUAAUUUAUUUUUGAAAUUAUUUUUCUCAUGCAUACUUGAACAUCAUAAAUUUCUUUUCACCUUUGGGAGGGGUAGUUAUUUGAGGUGGGGUUUGCCAAUGGCCAGGCAUUUGACGAUUUAUGAAAGAGUCAAUUAUAAAGAAUAUUACAAAGGUGCUGCAUAUGGAACUUCUUUUUGGUUGAUGGUUGCUACUUGCAAGUACGGAGGUACAUGUUUACAAAAAAAAAAAAGUACGGAGGUACAUGAUAUAGAGACAAAUUCCUAACUUUUCUGAAUUAAAUGCACUUUACCACUUAGCUAGUUCUCAUUACUUAAGUUGUAGGGCUGAAUGGCUGAUCAAGUUUGGCAUGUGAGUGACCUUACCUUGUGUCUUGUGUCUUUAUUAUCAUUGAUGGAGGGUGACAUGUGCACAUGAGAAAAGUUUUGCUGGUUAGGUCCUUAUUACAUAGUUCAACAUGCAAUUCAUUCUGGGAGAAUGGAGCUUGCAUAACCUUAUACAAUAAAGGUAUAUUGGAAUCUCACUUGGGCUCUAAUUGAUGCAUUCACACCGUUAGCGGUUGGGCUCCAAUUCUCCAAGAUGAGCAAUUCUCACUCUGAAAAUCAUGAUGAAGUAACUGUGGCGGGAUUUGAAGUUCCAAAAUCUCCUGAUUCUAGUUAUAACAAUGUCUACCCUGGAAAUGAAGAUGAGGCAAGGGAUCCACCUAUGGUCCCUUCACAUUUACAGCAUACUUUGCUAAAUUAUCCUGCUAAUAGAGACACUGCAGGAACUGUUCCAUUGCCUCAGAAUGUGAUUCUAAAUCAUCUUUACAUCGAGAAUAGAGAAUCACCAAGAUCUGUGGUGGCGUUGGGAUUCACUCAUCGUUUCCACUCUAAAUAUGUUACAGUCGUGCUUUACAAACCAGUCCAAAGAAGGGGAAAUACAAGCAUUUAGUGUGCAUAAUAUUAAAAACCUCGAUCACCGAUGGUUUGUAAUGAUUUAUUGUAGACUCCAUAUUCUAAUUACUGGAAAUGAUAUUUUAAUGAACUUUAGAUUGUUUCUUGGUAAUUAAGCUGUAUUUGUAAAUACGUUUUAAUGUUAUGUGGUACAGACAGGUUAUAAACCCUUUUUUUUUUUGA